UAGGACACAACAGAUAGUAGGCGGGUGGUGUCCCAAGGUGCAACUCACCGCCGCGCUGGCUCAGCGUGGCGGUGAGGAUGCACAGACGGUGGUAGUGGCGAGAGGUGUGUAUGGACACUGUUCCCGCGGCAGUAAUGCAAAGCGGCAAACUGCACCUGGCAACCACCGUCGCGGAAAGCGUGGCCCACGAAGCUGGAGGAGUAGAGAGAUUCGUAAACACCACGUCAGCAAGCACCGCUCGCGGGAGAAGGGAGACGAUCGCGGGCACCGCGGGGAGGGAGUGCUGCACCCUCCUCGUCAAAACACCACAGG